AUGCAGGCUUUCCGUCGCAAUACCCUUUCUGCUCUGCAGAAUGCUACCAAGCAGCGCCGAUCUUAUAUUGGUGCCAGCUCAGCAUACUCGUCGACCAUCGGCAACCUUCGCAUAAACAGUGAGACUCGUGUUAUCUUCCAGGGUUUCACUGGUAAACAGGGAACUUUCCAUGCCGAGCAAGCCAUCGCAUACGGUACCAAGGUCGUUGGUGGAACCAAUCCCAAGAAAGCUGGAACUACACAUUUGGACCUCCCGGUCUUCGCUACAGUGAGCGAUGCCGUGAAGGAGACAGGGGCUACCGCCUCAGCCAUCUUCGUUCCCCCACCGCUGGCCGCUGCGGGUAUUGAGGAAGCCAUCGCAGCUGAGAUCCCUCUUGUUGUUUGCAUUACCGAGGGUAUUCCUCAACAUGACAUGGUGCGCAUCACCGAUAUUCUGAAGACACAAGACAAGACACGAUUGGUCGGCCCUAACUGUCCCGGUAUCAUCGCUCCGGGUCAAUGCAAAAUUGGUAUCAUGCCUGGUUUCAUCCACAAGCGUGGUCGUAUCGGUAUCGUCUCUCGUUCCGGAACUCUCACCUACGAAGCCGUCAACCAGACUACCCAGGCUGGUUUGGGUCAGUCCCUCGUCGUUGGUAUCGGUGGUGACCCCUUCUCUGGAACAAACUUCAUUGACUGCCUGAAGGUCUUCCUCGAAGAUGAGGAGACUGAUGGUAUUAUCAUGAUUGGUGAAAUCGGUGGUAGCGCUGAGGAGGAUGCCGCAGAGUUCUUGAAGUCCGAGAACAAGAAGAACAAGCCCACUGUCAGCUUCAUUGCUGGUAUCAGUGCUCCCCCUGGCCGACGAAUGGGCCACGCCGGUGCUAUUGUUAGCGGUGGUAAGGGUGGUGCUGACUCCAAGAUCUCUGCUCUCGAGGCUGCUGGUGUUAUCGUUGAGCGAAGUCCUGCUUCUCUCGGAAAGACUCUUCGCGACGAGUUUGUGCGACGUGAUCUUCUUUAA